CAAUCACUACUAUUUCCUCCAUACAAAGCAUUCCUUUCUUCUUGCCGAUCUAUAUCUAGCACAUCAUAUACAUCAUGGUCGUUAACAUCACCGCCGAAGAUCCUCAGCCUACCAUUCACAGCCACAUCAAUGGCACUACGGAAGAGAUCCUGGAUCGGCUCUGUGUCACCGAGCUCUUGAAGGGAUGGCCGGUAUACCGAGAUGCUUCUGAAUGGGCUCACUACCGAAACUGCUUCGCCGAACAGGCUUACAUCUUUACCACAUGGAGCGGCGGCAUGCCCAUCGACGAAUUCAUCGCAGUCUCCAAGAAGGGCCGUCGAAACGGCGACCAUAUCAUGCACCGCGAAAACGGCACUCUCGUCGAGCUAAACUCCAAGACCGGCCGUGCCGUCGGAAAAAUGAAGGCCACCAUCACACAGCGCUUCUCAUUUGAUGGCAUUGAAUUUGAUGUUGAAUGUGACUGCCGCUUUAUCAUGUGGUGCCAGAAGGAUCCAGCCGGGUGGAAGGUCCACUACAAGCGCUUGUUCUAUGAGAAGGAUAAGAUCAUGCCCGUGGAUGGCAAGCAUGUGCCUGAUUUCUCGGAGGAGGAGCUCAAGCCGUAUCCGUAUGGAUAUAGGUAUCUGGGUGCUUCUCAGGCGAGAUUGGGACAUAAGAUCAAGUUGGAUUUGCCGACGAUGGAGGAUAAUGAUAAGUUCCGGGGGAUGUAUGAGGCUAUGGAGAAGUGGUUGAGGGGGGAGGAUAUUAAGGAGACUUUGGGGAUUCCUGUGUAAAAUUUUGAUGGGAUGAUGGGAAUGUGUCUUGUAUAUAGCUUAUUGAUAUGAG